AUGGGCGCGGAGACGUCGCGCGCGUCGCGCGUGGACGACCAGCGCGCGACGGCGGACCGCGACGCCGCGCGUCGCGCGCUCGCGGCGCAGAGGGCACCGGACCCGCCGCGCGAGGAACCCCUCGCGCCGCACGUCGUCGCGCAGGGCGCGCCGCGCGACGGGCGAUUUCGCAUCGAGCGGCGGUACUCGUGGUACGCGCCGUCGCGGACGCGCGAGGAGCGCGCCGCGGACGACGCGACCGUCGCGUCGACGCGGCACGCGACGCCGCAGCGCCUGCACCUCGGCGCGACGGCCGCGCGCGACGGCGACGGCGGCGACCGCGGCGGCGAAGACGAGGACGAAGACCGCGCGUCGUCGUCGGGCGGGGCGUCGACCGCGACGACGACGACGACGACGACGACGACGACGACGACGACGACGACGACGACGCGGCGCGAGCGCGCGCGCGUCGUGCGCGCGGAGCUCGACGCGCAGACGCGAAAGACGUCCGCGCUCCGCGCGCUGCGCCGCCGCUCGCCGCCGCCGCCGCCGCGAGCGACGGGGAGGAGGACGACGACGACGACGAGGACGUCGUCGACCCCGAUCGACGACGCGGGCUACGUGAUCUUAGAGUCCAAGAGCUCGUACUACGUCCUCGCGCACGACGCGACGAAGACGCGGUACGCGCUCGCGGACGUUCGCAAAGACGCGGCGGGGGAGACGGGGUUGGACGUGUGGACGCGCGCGGAGACGAUCGUCGGCGCGCGCGCGGCGAGGGCGAGGCUCGCGAGGGAGAUUCGAAGAGACGAGCGGUGCCUGCCGAGCGGCGGCGCGCAUCCGCGACGGACGCCGUCGGCGCUCGACGACGACGACGACGAGGAGGAGGAGGAGGAGGAGGAGGAGGACGAGGGUGGAAAGGGUGCGGCGCGCGGACGACGCGGAGAAGACGAAGGAGGGGAAGAUGGAACGUCGACCGACGCGGAUCCGCUCGGCGAUCGGUUCGCGUGGACGCCGGCGUCGGACGGCGAGAGCGACGAUUAUUACGCCGCGACGGUCGCCGCGGACGCCGUCGUGAAGAGAGAGGCGUCUCGCCGCGCGGAGCGCGCGCCCAGAGGCGCGGGGUUCUUCUCGAGCGUUCACGGCGCGUGCGUCGUCGCGCGCGGGCGCGGCGUCGUCGCGUUCGCGUCCGUCGAAGACGCCGCGAGCGAGAGGCGGCUGGAGAAGAGGACCUCCUUCUCGAAGGAUCAUCACAAUCGCGUCGCGAUCCGCGACGGGGUCGUCGUCGUCGACGACGCGGACCCGUCGCGCGCGCGAGCGGUCAGCGGCGUCGCGACGCGCGCGCCGAAGCUGGUCUUCGCGCGCGCGGACGCGGUGCGCGCGGGGCGACGCGGCCGCGCGCGCGCGCUGGGACCGGGGGACGCGAUCUUCGACCGCGGAGAAAAAGGGAAUAAUAACGACGCGGCGGCGCGAGCCGAGAGGGACGCCGCGCGCGCGACGAGAGAGAUGUUCGCGCGGCCCGUUAUCGUCUUCGACGACUCGGAGGAGGACGAGGACUCGAGCGACGAAGACGACGACGAUCACGAUUACGACUACGACUCGGAGGAAGAAGACCGCCGCGCGCGCGAGCGAAAGUCCUCAAGGAACGGCGUUCACAUCGCGAACGGCGUCGUAUGGGAACCAGUCAACCGCCGUGGGCGCGGCGUUCGCGGAUUGGAGCGAACGCACGCGUACGUCGGGAAGGGCGAGAAGUCGUGGUCGUCGUUGGAGGGAAUGAAGCCGGGGGAGACGCGUGCGAUGACCGCCGGCUUCAGCGCGUUUCGGUUCCCGCCGCCGUUCACGACGCUGUCGAACGAAGAUCACGACGCGGACCUCCGACCCGGGGCGAAGACGCGGCUGGCGGGGAACGAAAACGGGAGCGGCGACGGCGGCGUCGCCGGCGCCGCGCGCGUCGCCGCCGCCGCCGUCGCGGGCGUCGCGAGCGCCGUCGUGAGGACCAUCGCGGACGCGCUCGACGGCCGCGACGUUCGCGAGGAAGAUGGAACGUCAACCGACGCGGACGACGACGGCGGCGGCGGAGGCGUCCUCUCCGCGGCUGCGGUCGCCGCCGCGGAGAAGAAUCGGCGUCGCGGGUUGCGCUCGCCGUUCGAAGACCCGCCGCUCGUGUGCCUGAAAUUUCGUCGGUACCGCGACCACGUCAACCCUCGGUAGACGGACGAGACGAAUCUAUCGUCUCGCGCCGUGCGUUGCAGUCUUCGUGCAGCGCGUGACGUUAUAAAUACCUUCGUAUCAUACUGUAACUUACACAGGGUGGUAUCAUAG